GUUUUGCCAUCCAUUGCGAUUAACAAUCAACAACUGCCUAGUAACUAAUACUAAUCCAAGUCGUCUAUACCUACAAAUGAACAAGCCACCUGGGCAAUUCACAAACAGCUCACGUCCAUUACCAUUCCUAGAUGCCGGUAAUUAUUCUAUAACUUAACUGGGGUAUAUAUCUGCCACAAACGCGCAACCUCUUGUACUUAAUUGUCGUACUCUACCGUGCACAUGAGUUCGCCGCGCAUAGCUCUUUCACGAGCUUCGACAGGCGUGUUGGGUCGCCUCAUUACCACUUCUGCCCCCAGGACACGACCAUGCGAGAAUCUCCUGCGACAGUUCUCUCACUACCAGCCUUGGUAUAGCCCUUCAGAUAAACUCCAAGCCACGCCUUCCUACCAACCCUAUCCUCUGAAUCCAAACCGGAACCUGCCUUCUCAGCCACGCAAUGACCCUAUACCAGAGACUUCCAUCGCCAGUCCGAUACCAAAGGUUCAUGAGACACGACCACCAGCUCCGGCUCCGACUCCGACUCUAGCGCACCGAGAUACAACUAUAGCUACUACAGCCACGACGGAUACUACGACUGUAGCUUCGCAGCCCCGCUCCUCCGUGACGGAACAAGAGACCCAGAAGGCAAAGCCAAAGUCGACCCCUCCAAAACGCAAGUUAAGGCCACGCAAAGCCGCAUUGAAGCUCACUCCGUCAGCCGUGGAGCAACUGCGCGUCUUGCUGGACAACCCGGAGCCGAAGCUAAUCAAAGUAGGCGUGCGCAACAGAGGGUGCAGCGGCUUAUCCUAUCAUUUUGAUUAUGUCGAUGAGCCCGGAGCUUUUGAUGAAGAAGUGGAACAAGAUGGGGUAAAGGUCUUAAUUGAUAGCAAGGCGCUAUUUAGCAUAAUAGGAAGUGAAAUGGAUUGGGUUGAGGAUAAGCUAAACCAGCGCUUCAUUUUCCGCAACCCGAACAUAAAGGAGGAGUGUGGCUGUGGCGAGUCCUUCAUGGUGUAGUAGCGCGCAGCAAACGAUGACGAAUCGAGAUACCACUCACAUGCAUCAGUCGGCGUUGCUCUGCUUAUAUUUAGACCAGUCAUACAGUUAUUAUACAGUUAUCAUACACUUGGUUGUUGUGUAUCGACCCUGUCUACUCGACUCCAUCCUCGACUCCAAAAUUCCAUGGUAAACCAAUACGAAGAAGAGU